UCGCGGACAAGGUCAUCUCGCGGGCAGCUCGGGACCAGCCCUCGCGCCCUGGGCUGGGGCUGCAGUUCCCCAGGGGGCGCCGGAGGCGUUGCCGCUGGUUAGGGGCGGGUUCCGGCGCUGAGUCACGCCCGCCCGGGAGCGCUGGGGCCGGGCCGCUCCGGAAGACGCCGGCCAGGCCGGAGCUGGAGCGGCCGCGCGCGGCGGGCAGCGCCUGGUUCGAGAUGGGGUCCCAGGUCUCGGUGGACUGCGGAGCUCUGCACGUGGUGAUCGUGGGCGGGGGCUUCGGCGGGAUCGCGGCCGCCAGCCAGCUGCAGGCGCUGAAGGUCCCCUUCAUGCUCGUAGACAUGAAGGACUCCUUCCACCACAACGUGGCAGCCCUCCGGGCCUCCGUGGAGAGUGGGUUUGCCAAAAAGACAUUCAUUUCCUACUCAGUGACCUUCAAGGACAACUUCCGGCAGGGCCUGGUGGUCGGCAUAGACGUGAAGAAUCAGACGGUGCUGCUGCAGGGCGGGGAGGCUCUGCCCUUCUCACAUCUUAUCCUGGCCACAGGCAGCACCGGGCCCUUCCCGGGCAAGUUCAAUGAGGUGUCCAGCCAGCAGGCUGCCAUUCAAGCCUACGAGGACAUGGUGAAACAGGUCCAGAGAUCAACGUUCAUCGUGGUGGUGGGAGGAGGCUCCGCAGGAGUGGAGAUGGCAGCAGAGAUUAAAACGGAAUACCCUGAGAAAGAGGUCACUCUCAUCCACUCCCAAGUAGCCCUGGCCGACAAGGAGCUCCUGCCCUGCGUCCAGCAGGAAGUGAAGGAGAUCCUCCUCCGGAAGGGCGUGCAGCUGCUGCUGAGCGAACGAGUGAGCAACCUAGAAGAGCUGCCCCUCAGCGAGUAUCGAGACUACAUCAAAGUGCAGACGGACAAGGGCACGGAAGUGGCCACCAACCUGGUGAUUCUCUGCAACGGUAUCAAGAUCAACAGCUCUGCCUACCGUAGCGCGUUUGAGAGCAGCCUGGCCGGCAAUGGUGCUCUGCGAGUGAACGAGCACCUCCAGGUAGAGGGCCACAGCAACAUCUAUGCCAUCGGCGACUGUGCCGAUUUGCGGGAGCCCAAGAUGGCCUAUCACGCUGGCCUCCACGCCAACAUUGCCGUGGCCAACAUCAUCAACUCCACGACACAGAGGCCCCUCAAGGCCUAUAAGCCAGGUGCGCUGACGUUCCUGCUGUCCAUGGGGAGAAAUGACGGCGUGGGCCAGAUCAGUGGAUUCUACGUGGGGCGGCUCAUGGUUCGGCUGGCCAAGAGCCGGGACCUGUUCGUGUCCACGAGCUGGAAAACCAUGAGGCAGUCUCCACCCUGACGGGGAGGUGACCAGGCAGGUGAACAGACCACUUGACAGCGGGCAUCUGCCUGGCGAGUGCUAAAGGGCAAAAGCUGUUUUUCUGGAUUGAGAUGCCAAUGAUGUAUUGAUCAGAAAUGCAACUUGUAUAAAACUAAAAAUGCCGGGGGUAAGGUGGGGUGGGGUGGAGGGGAGAGAGAGGCUUUAAAAAAAAAAAAACUCUUCCCUAGAGGAUUCUUUCUGGGUUUCGAAGGUCUGAUUGCGGCUGUACUGGCUGAACGGCUCACAUGUGCUGGCUGGGUGGUCUUGGGGAGACCACAGCCAGUCUCUGUGCCCCGGCUCCUCUUGGAUGUAUGUGUGCACCUACAUGCGUGGGCAUGGGGUGUGGCAUUUGGGAUACUCAGAGAACCCGGCUCCCAGUGGCUGGCAUCUGUCUGUGAGGGCAGGAAGGGGCCUGCACCGUGAGACCAAAGGAAGGGAGCUGGGGCGGAGAGGUGGCCUGCACCCCGAACCUCCGCCAUCGCGUGGAGGGAGAGCCCGUGCAUUUGGCAACCACCAGGUCAUUAACAGGAAUCUUAUUUUAAACUCCCCAACUUGUGGUUAGUCCUCAUGCUCCUCAUGCUUCAUUAACCUUUCUACAUUUCCAUUUUUAGAUCCGAACUAUAUACCAUAGGUUACAUUUAAGGAGAGAGAGUUCGACAAGAUUUCUCUCCCGGUUAACCCACCCUAGCACAGAGUGAGUUUUUACAAAGCCAGCAGGGGUUCAGACCGCAGCCUGGCUGCGAGCUGCUGGAGGUGUGUAAGGAAGGGCAGCAGAGAAGUGUGAUCCUUUGCGGGGUACGGAGGCAGUUCAGCAGGUGACCCCCCAGCGUAUUUCCAGGUUACCAUCAUGGGCAAAUUUGUAAGGAACAAAACUGCAGCUGGUGCGGGGUGAGGGGAGGGGACUGUGAGGGACUUUGUGGUUUUGUGCUUCUCUUUCCUGGCCAACCCCAGGGUUACCUGUCUGGAGGCCCAGCCAUGUGACAAUAAUCUCUGCUAUUGACUGUUAAGGUACAUAAAUGACUCCGUUUAGGAGAGAUCUUCCAAUAGGGAGCAGCCUGUUUCCGACCGCCUAGGUCAAGCCAGAGAAGUGGCUGAUGAGGUCAGCUGGAUAAAUUCAGGCCCUGACCUCCUCACCUGCCCUCCCUGCCCACUUUGGUGGUGGCCUCUGGGCACUCAGGCAGAGUCCUUCGGCCUCCAGUCUCACUGGGGUUCUCAGUCCAUCCCGUAUUUGGGCUGUUGCCCAGGAUCUGUUCCAUUUUGUUGCCCAGGCCUGAGUGAGACCUGUGCUUCUCUCCCGGAGGAUGACUCCUCGCCAGUGGCUUCGUUCAAGGCUUUGUUCCCGUGGACCGGGCCGGCAGGCUCAUCCUCCCUGGAAGCAGGACCUGCUGCCUGAGAAACACAGCUCUGGUGUCUGACCUAGAGCCUUGUGUGGCCGGACUCUCAGCCCGUUAGUGACAGGCCUUGUUCUGUUUACUGAUGACAUUCUAGAUGUAUCUAGCCACGGGGACACAGUUUUCCAAACUGAGAAAAAUGUUGCAAUAAAAGCACGUGUU